AUGUAUUCCCAGAGUAACUGUCAACCUACUUUGUUCGAUUCCCACACUCUUGACAAUCAAGGACAUAACAGUAAUCCAAAUUUACUGACAUCAAAUAUCGAUGAAGCACUGGAAAUUUUAAAAGAUUGGAAGGAUCUUGAAAGUAACCUCGAUGACAACCUACCAAUAUUGAUCGGAUCUCGAGCUGCGAAAUAUCAUCUUCCGUCUUUUCGCGAAACGAACGAUUGGGACCUGGUGGUUACCGUGUCGCAAACUAUCGAAUUAUUGAGCUCAUUCAUCAUCGGAUUCAUCGGAUCUUUUCAAAUGUUAUUUUAUAAGGGGAUCGGUGUAAAGAUUCACGGCUACUACAAGAGCUCGAAGAAAAACUCCUUUACUUUCGAUUUAGAUCUUGUGACUAACGGCCAAGAGACAAUCAAAAACGAUGACGGUUCCAUCGUCGAGUUAUUAGACAUCCCAAUUGUUACCAGCUCAAAGCUGAUCAUGGAUAUGUGUCGUGAAGUUGAUGAUAUAACCACUAUACCACUUUUUGGUUUGAAAUGUCGUGUUGCUUCCCUUGAAGUUCUUGAAGCACUAAAAACAUCUCACAUAUUCUUACCUGCAAACUUUUCCAAAAACAUAUCCGAUUUGCAUACGCUUCGAAAGGUCCUUCAAUAUACCCAGAAAAUUCCUAGAACACAUUCAUUAUUCGAGCCCGCGCGAGAUCAAUCCGUUGCGAAUAUGUUGGAAAUUCGCACAAAAGAAACAGAGAUUACCAGCGAAAUACAUGGUCAAAUUUUUAACCGGAACAAAAUAAACGAUGAUAAUUUUUCUGCACGUCUGACCGUCACUCAUGAUGAAUUAUACGAACUCGUAAAAUAUGGCGAACAAUCAACAUUCAAGACGAUGCGAAAUGAUUUGCAGAAUUCAUGGAUCGAUAAAUCACUCUUCGACAAUGCUGACUAUUUCACUCAAUUGAAGUGCGUCAAGGAAGAAGCAAUGACAAUAGCUCUUAAAAGAUAUAUGAUUCCCAGAACUUGUGUCGACUACGAAAAAGCCUUUUGUUUAGCAUUGUCCCACAUCUGUACAGCAUCAAUAAAUGUCUGGUUCAGAAAGUUCGCCGUUGAUAAUUAUCCGCGUCUCCUCAGUUGCGAUAAGGAUCUUACACAGAUCGCAAAAGAUAUUCGAAAUAAGUGUAAACUGAAAAAAGCCAUUGGUGACAUAUCGAUACUUGGUCAACAUUUUCCCGAUUCUGAUAGUUUUUCAAUAGUGGAAAAAUUGAUUCAACAAACCCAAGAAUUCAACCCUCCUGAUCUUAUCCUGCCCGAACCCGAUGACAUAAAUGUACAAUUUGAAACUUUUCGUUACGGCCUUAGAAUAUUCCCAUCAAACGGCAAAGACAACAACGAACAAAAAAGGGGUUUAGAGUGUGUGAUUACUGUGGUGUACAAAAUGUACGAGGAAAACGAGAGUAAAAUAAAUGAAUCAUGGUGGGCAUCGGUUUCUGUAUACCCAUUCAAGGCCGAAAGUGACGACUCUGAAAAUGUGGAUCAAAGUAUUAGCGACACAGAUACACCAAAUGGCACGGAUCCCACAACGAAUCAUCCAUUUGAUUAUGACAUGAUAAACUAUGAUGUUGAAAUCGUAGAACUCGAACAAAAACACAUUCUUCUCAUCUACAGCGAUCACGGUAGUGCAGGGCUUGGAGGUUUUGGUGAUGUAGAAAGUGAUUCGGAUAUGUCACCAUGGGUGUUGACAAAACCCGCAGAUCAGGUUGCCAGCGAACUUGGUAUUCCCGAACUGAAUGGGGAUUUUUUGGUUAGAUACAUCAUAGCAUAUCUUGAUCCCGAGUUACCUAAUGGUGGUGAUUACCCAUUCAGAAAAGCGAUUACAACUUUGGAACAAAAGAAGGGAAUUAAUAUGAUGCCAAAGCAGCAUUUGUGGUUUUACCUGUGGUGGUAUGCAACGUAUUUUAAAAGAGGAGAUUGGGGCAUCUCUUAG